CGCCGGCAGCGCCCAGGCUCGGCGGGCGGGAGACGCGCGGGCGGGCGCAGCGCCGGGAGCACGAGCGCCGCUGGAGCCGGGGCCAGGUGGACAGAUCCUCCGUCCACAUGGCUCAGUAGAGAAUGAAGCCCAAUCCAGCAGGCUCCUCCCCAGAGGCCUGCAAAGCUGCAAGCCAGGGCGAGAAGAGCUGCCCUGUGUGCCAGGCCUGGGGAGGGGUGUCAGGCCUAGGGUCUGAGCCAGGGCCUGGUGCUGCUUCGGGACCUGGGCCAAGGCCUGGUGCUGUGGCUGGACCUGGGCUGGGGCCUGGUACUAUGGCUGGACCAGGGCCAGAGCCUGGUGCUGUGGCUGGACCUAAGCCGGGGCCUGGUGCCACUUCGGGACCUGGGCCAGGGCCUGGUGCUGCUUCAGGACCUAAGCCGGGGCCUGGCACUGUGGGACCUGGGCCUGGUGCUGCUUCAGGACCUAAGCCGGGGCCUGGCACUGUGGGAGCUGGGCCUGGUGCUGCUUCGGGACCUGGACCAGGGCCUGGUGCUGUCGCUGGACCUAAGCCUGGGCCUGGUGCUGUGGCUGGACCUAAGCUGGGGCCUGGUGCUGUAGCUGGGCCGGGGCCAGGGCCUGGUGCUGUUCCGGGGCCAGGUGUAGCUCUAGAACCUGGACCAGGGCCUGGUACUGUGUCCAGACCUGGGCCGAUGCCUGCUGUUGCUUCAGUACCUGGACCAGGCGUGGGGCCUGGGCCACGAGCUGGGUCAGUACCCGGGCCAGGAGCUGUGCCAUUGCCUGGGCCAGGGGCAGGGCCUGGGACUGGACCCAAACCCAGUGAGCCAAUGACAGCUCCACCACCAGCACCACAGAAGACAACUCAACCCGCACCUGUUCAGGCCCCUAGGCAGAAGGUUCUGGUGACCGGAGGAGGAGGCUACCUGGGCUUUAGCCUGGGUUCCAGCCUGGCCAAGAGUGGCACUUCUGUCAUCCUGCUUGACCUCCGAAGACCCCAGUGGGAGCUGUUGCCAGGGACCGAGUUCAUCCAGGCUGACGUCCGAGAUGAAGAAGCCCUGCUCCGCGCCUUUGAAGGGGUGGACUGUGUCUUCCACGUGGCCUCCUACGGAAUGUCCGGAGCCGAGAAGCUGCAAAAAAAGCAGAUUGAGUCUAUAAAUGUUGGCGGCACCAAACUAGUGAUCGAUGUUUGUGUCCGCCGGAGGGUUCCAAGACUUGUCUACACCAGCACCGUCAAUGUCGCUUUCGGAGGGAAGGCCAUAGAACAGGGCGAUGAGGACUCUGUACCAUAUUUCCCACUGGAGAAGCACAUGGACGACUACUCCCGAACCAAAGCCAUCGCUGACCAGUUGAUCCUCACGGCCAACGGAACGCCUCUCCCAGGAGGAGGCACUCUGCGGACGUGUGUGCUCCGGCCCCCAGGAAUCUAUGGGCCUGAAGAGCAGAGGCACCUGCCCCGCGUGGCGAGCCACAUCAAAAAGAGGCUGUUCAUGUUCCGAUUUGGGGACCGCGGGACGCGGAUGAACUGGGUCCACGUGCACAAUCUGGUGCAGGCGCAUGUGCUGGCAGCCGAGGCCCUCACCGUCGCCAAGGGCUACGUGGCUAGCGGGCAGGCGUACUAUAUCAAUGAUGGGGAAAGCGUCAACCUCUUUGAGUGGAUGGCCCCGCUGUUUGAGAAGCUGGGGUACAGCCAACCCUGGAUCCAGGUGCCUACUUCCUGGGUUUACCUGACAGCCACGGUGAUGGAGUACCUCCACCUGGCCCUGAGGCCCAUCUGCUGCGUCCCACCGCUGCUUACCCGCAGUGAGGUGCACAGCAUGACCGUGACACACACCUUCCAGAUCGCCAAGGCCCGCGCCCAGCUUGGCUACAAGCCGGACAAGUUCAGCUUCGCCGACGCGGUGGAACAUUACGUGCAGUCCACGACCUGGAGGCCUCACGGCUCCACUGCGCGCACGCUCCUGCGGCUGCUGCUCGGGCUGCUGUUGCUCCUCGGCCUACUUGCCCUCGCCCUGCACUUCCUAAACCUGCAGCCGUCGGUCUUCUGAACGUUCGCCGCAGGACAGUCACUGUCCCUACCUCAUCCUCCUGCCUUGGACCCGCCCCCGCCCCGCCCCCAGGCUUGAACCCACCCCCUGAGUCCCGCCCUGGCCCUG